AUGUCGUACCUCAGAAACACCGUGCCUCUCUCCCCUAUCGAAGAAGAGUGCACCGACACAGCGUCCCCCAUUCUAGAUGGAGCGACGCUCGUUGAUGACUGGGAGACGUGCACCUUUGUUGAGGACGAUGAGCCCAUGAUGGCGCCGGAGCGCCCAGUCUCGCCACCACCGCCAACGACCGAGGGACGCCAGCCCUACCGUCGUACUCCAGUGAUGGCAUAUGACGACGACGUAUACUUUGGGGACAUCGAAGUCCCUCUGAGGCCGGCCAUCGGCCGCAUCGUGGACUUGAUCCGAAUAUAUGGGGUGCCACACUCGCCUCCGCCUCCAACGCCUGUCAUCCGCCCAACAGACAACACCGACACAGCGGGGAUACCGCUGUUCCGACUGGAUGGUGGAGCGGCGCCGUUCACCGUCGGCGGCAUCGUCCAGAUUCGCCGGGGCAUGGCGUAUAUUUGUGGCCCUCCGUCGCAAAUCCCCGCGCAACACGCGCCAGUCGUUGUGGAGGAGGAUCGCGCCCGCCAAAGUGUGCGGCGACAAGCACAGCGACCACUUCAUAUUGACAGAGCCCGUCGUGAAGAAUAUCACACCAGCAUGAUCCCGCCUGUACUGGGACACAAUGAGGCGAUGGAUGAAUUCGUCGCCAGGUUGCACAGGCAUAUGCAGUACGUCAGGGCUUUCACGCACAAUUCAGGACUGGAUGUUUAUUGA